AUGGGUAAAGAACUAGAGACAGACCCGUCUAGUACGAGCGCAAGCUUUAAUGAAAAGCCGCUGGUAACAGAUGCGCAGACUCAAGAUGUCGAAGAAGGCGAUUCUACUCCGCAGGUAGAAGAGGACACGAAAGUUUAUCUCUCGGGAUGGAGACUAUACGUCGUCACCAUCGCUUUGUGUUUAAGCAUGUUCCUCCCAAACUUCGAAGUGUCAAUAGUGAGCACCAGCCUUUUGACCAUCACCAACGAGCUGAAGGGAUUCAGCCAGAGCAGCUGGAUCGUCGAUGCGUAUCUGAUCACAUAUACUGGCCUGCUGAUAUCCUGGGCCAAACUGAGUGACAUAUUCGGACGGAAGUUCUCACUCUUGGCAUCCCUGGUGAUUUUCAUGGCCUUCUCUGGCGCGUGUGGUGGUGCCCAGACAAUGACACAGCUGAUUAUCUUCCGAGCAUUCCAAGGAAUUGGCGGUUCGGGAAUCUAUGCUCUCGGAAUGGUUAUAUUUUUUGAAUUGGGCCCGGCGCGCAAAUACACGCUUUAUGCCGGAUUGGUGACAAUGACUUUUACUUUGGCACUUGCGCUGGGUCCCAUUUUUGGAGGGCUCAUCAAUUUAAACGGAAGCUGGAGAUGGGUGUUUUUACUGAACCCUCCUGCCGCGUUUGUAGCGAUUAUCGCCUUGGCGUUUGCAUUUCCAUCAACCUUUCCAGAUAUUAAGCCACCAUCUACAGCACGAACUACAAUGUUUCAUUCAUUCUCUCUCAAAUCAAUCCGAAAGGUUGAUUUUCUAGGCACGGCAUUGCUGCUAGGGGCGUCAAUAUUCCUAAUCACGGCUUUGCAACAGGUGGAAAACUAUGGAACAUGGUCUUCUGCUUUAACAAUCGCCCUUUUAGUCCUAUCUGGCCCCCUGCUACUGGCAUUCCUGGCUUGGGAGAGAAGAGUGACGAGCGAGGACUCGGUUACGGAACCUGUGUUUCCAUGGCGUUUUGUGAAAAGUCGACAAUGGAUGGGCAUGAUAAUGAAUACAUUCUUCUGUGGCACCGUCUUUACGGUGUGUAUUAUACAAAUCCCGCUGCGACUUCAAGCCGUCAAUGGCUUUUCGACACUUGGCGCUGGCGUUCGCUUGCUCCCGUACGGGUUGCUUGUUCCCUUCGGCUCUUUCACUGCCGCAGCACUCACAGGCCCAGGCAAGAAAAGCGUUCCCGCGGUGUACAUCAUCUUGGCGGGUACAACGAUACAGACGGUUGCAGUAAGCUUACUCUCCGUCUUACCUACAACUACCGCGUUCGCCAAGCGAUCUCUGGCAUUCGAAGCAUUGGCGGGCUUGGGAACCGGGUUGUGCAUUGGCAGCCUGGUCAUGUUGACUCCACUGGUGUGUGAGAAACGAGAUUUGGCUGUCGCAACCGCGGCGAUCAAUCAAUUUCGAUUCUUGGGGGGCUCCGUAGGCUUGGCCAUUGUCAGUAGCGCAAUGUACAGCUGGACCCGGACGAGAUUCCUCGGGAUUUUGGCACCCGAUAAAGUGGAAAUCCUGGAGCAAACCACCCAAUUCAUCUCUGAAUUCUCCCCAGAGGUGCAGGAGAAGAUCCGAGUUAUUUUUGCGGGGGGCUUUAAUUUGCAGAUGAAAAUUCUGAUUGGACUUGCGGCUUUGCAGUUUGUAGCUACGGGGCUCAUGUGGAACAAGAGACCUAUCAGAUAA